AAGCUAUCGUUCGAACUGAAGACAGGGAUUUGUUCAAGCACGAGAUUUUAAAAAUUGGCGAGAGAGUUGCUGAAGGAAGUGCAGCAACAAAUAUUAUCGAUGCUGAAAAAGCUGCUGAAAAGUUAUCCAGUUCUUGUUCGUGCUGCUUAUGCUCUUGGUGGCCUAGGGUCUGGAUUUGCAACAAACAAAGAAGAAUUAAAUGUAAUUGCAAAACAAGCAUUUGCUCAUUCUAAUCAAGUACUUAUUGAUAAAAGUAUUCAAGGAUGGAAGGAGAUCGAAUAUGAAGUUGUUCGCGAUGCCUAUGACAAUUGCAUUUCUGUCUGCAACAUGGAAAAUAUUGAUCCAGUUGGGAUUCAUACGGGAGAGUCCAUUGUUGUCGCACCAUCACAAACGUUGAAUGAUCAUGAGUACUUUAUUUUGAGGGCAACUGCGUUGCGGGUAAUUCGUCAUUUUGGAAUUUAUUAUAUAAUCGAAGUGAAUGCUCGUUUGUCGCGUUCGUCUGCAUUAGCAAGUAAAGCCACUGGCUAUCCUCUCGCUUAUAUUGCUGCUAAAUUGGCACUUGGCGCAUCACUGCCAGAACUACAAAAUUCUGUUACUGGCGAAACUACAGCUUGUUUUGAGCCUUCUCUGGAUUAUUGUGUUGUAAAAGUUCCUCGAUGGGAUCUGGGAAAAUUUGCUCGUGUUAGUACGAAGAUAGGUAGUUCAAUGAAAUCUGUUGGGGAAGUUAUGGCUAUUGGGCGUUCCUUUGAAGAAGCACUUCAAAAGGCCCUCAGAAUGGUUAAUGAACAUUAUGAAGGGUUUUCUCCUUAUUUAUUCAAAAGAAAAGUUGAAAGAGCGGAUUUGCAAGAACCAACUGAUCUUCGAAUUUUUGCUUUAGCUAGAGCUCUUUUCUCUGAGGAAUUGAAAUGUGACGCUGGUCAGGAUUAUAUAGACUUUGUUUAUAAACUUUGCAAGAUCAAUAAAUGGUUUCUUCAUCGUAUGCGUAAUAUUGUUGAUAUGUACAAACGUUUAAAACAUCAUUGUUCGCAAUAUUGUUCGGAGAAAAUUAAAUAUAAUAAGCAUACUUUCCCUUCAUUGUUAAGAGAAGCUAAACAAAUUGGAUUUUCAGAUGCUCAAAUUGCUAAACUUAUCGAUAGUACUGAAUUGAAUGUAAAGAAUCUGCGAAAGCAAUUUGGCAUUUUUCCUUAUGUCAAACAAAUUGAUACAGUGGCUGCAGAAUGGCCUGCAAAAACGAAUUACUUAUAUUUAACUUAUAAUGGAAAUGAACACGACAUCGACUUUUAUGAAAAUACUGAUAGUGUUAUUGUUCUCGGUUCUGGCGUAUACCGAAUUGGUUCUUCUGUUGAAUUUGAUGCUUGUUCCGUAGGAUGUAUAGAAGAAUUAAAGCGAAUGGGUCGUCAAACUAUUAUGAUUAAUUGCAAUCCAGAAACAGUUUCAACAGAUUAUGACAAAUGCGAUCGGCUUUAUUUUGAGGAAAUUUCGUUGGAAGUUGUUUCACAAAUUUAUGAGUAUGAACGACCGAGUGGAAUUAUUCUUGCUUUUGGCGGGCAAGCUGCGAACAAUAUUGCCCUUUCACUGGAUUCUAACUUGACUGGAUUAAAUUUUCGUGUUUUUGGCACUGCUCCUAAAUUUAUUGAUGAAGCUGAAGAUCGUUUUAAAUUUAGCAGAGCAUUGGAUGAACUAAAGAAUGCAAAAAACACUUCGGAUGCCGAAUCAUUUUGUAACUCUGUUGGUUUUCCAUGCUUAAUUCGGCCAAGCUAUGUUUUAUCUGGAGCUGCGAUGAACGUCGCACAUUGUGUUGAAGAUUUACAUCAAUUUUUGAAUGUGGCACACAGCGUAGCUGAUGAGCGAACUGUUGUUGUAAGCAAGUUUAUUGAAAAUGCUAAAGAAAUCGAUGUCGAUGUGGUUUGUCUAAAUGGGAAAGUUUUGUGUAUGGCAAUAUCUGAACAUGUUGAGAAUGCUGGUAUUCAUUCUGGAGAUGCAACUUUAGUCACUCCUCCACAAGAUUUGAAUGAGGAGACAAGGAUUUCAAUUAAUAAAAUUGUUAGAAGCAUCGCUAGGCGUUUUAUGGCUGUUGGGCCAUUUAAUCUUCAACUGAUUGCUAAAGACAAUAAACUUUUUGUUAUUGAAUGCAAUUUACGUUUUCCAUUCAUUUCUAAAACACUUGAUUUUGAUUUUGUUGGUCUCGCAACUAGGGCGAUGAUGUUUUCUGGCGAACCAAAGGAUUUUACUUUUAAACCUCCACCAAAACCAAAUAAAGUUGGAGUAAAGGUCCCACAAUUUUCUUUUACUCGUCUUUCUGGCGCAGAUGUUGUUAUGGGUGUUGAAAUGCUUUCUACUGGCGAGGUUGCUUGCUUUGGACUUAAUCGUCAAGAGGCUUACCUUAAAGGACUUCUUUCAACUGGUUUUCAGUUACCUACUAGGGCAAUUUUCUUGUCGAUCGGCGGACCUUUUGCUAAAGAUGAAAUGCUGCCAAGUGUCAAAAUUUUAUCCAAACUCGGAUAUGUUCUUUAUGGGAGUAAAGGAACAGCUUAUUAUUACUCUUGUAAAGGCAUUCCAGUAAGAAUAUUUUUAAUUCUUUUAAAUUUUUGUAUUAAGAUAAAACAACUUGAGUGGCCCUUUGAUGAUAUAACGUCGGGAGAAGAUUGCAAUGAUUUAUCAACCUCAAAAAUGUCUACUGUCAAUACAACAAUAACUGACUAUGUUGCAAAAAAGAAUAUUGAUCUUAUGAUAAAUUUGCCAAUUCGUGGAUCUGGAACUUAUCGCGCUCUCAGUAGACUGAAUAUAUCCCCUUAUAAUACAAAAAUGCCACCAGUGAAUCUUCAUAUAGAUUCAAUUUCUAAUGAAUGCUUGGUUCGAAUGCCGGGAUUGAUCGAUGUUCACGUUCAUAUGCGUGAACCAGGAGGAGAACACAAGGAAACCUGGGAGAGUGGAACUCGUGCAGCUAUAUCUGGUGGUGUUACUAUGGUGCUUGCAAUGCCAAAUACGAGUCCGCCGUUAAUCGACGAUGUGUCUUUCAAUUUAAUCGACAAACUCGCCUCAACCAAAGCUUUUUGUGAUUAUGCUCUUUAUAUGGGUGCAACUAUGGAUAAUGUUAAAGAUGGUUCUGUCAUAGGCCAAAAAUGUGCUGGUUUAAAAAUGUACUUGAAUCAAACAUUUGCUGCCCUUCAAUUACCAAAAAUGGAUCAAUGGAUGAAACAUAUGAAAAAUUUCCCAUCAAAUCGUCCAAUUGUAGUUCAUGCUGAAGGACAAACGUUGGCUGCUGUUUUAUAUUGUGCUAAAUUAUGUGAAAGAGCCUUGCAUAUUUGUCAUGUUUCUACCUCUGAAGAAAUUAACUUGAUUAGAUUAGCCAAAAUUGAAGGACAACCCGUUACAUGUGAAGUUUGCCCGCAUCACUUAUUUUUAACAGCAGAUCAAUUACCAGAAGGAGUUCAAGAAGUUCGUCCUCGCUUGGCCAUAAGUGUUGCUGAUUGUGAAGCAUUAUGGGAAAAUUUGGAAUUCAUUGAUUGUUUUUCUACUGAUCAUGCUCCACAUACUUGGGAUGAGAAAUGUUCUGCAAAUCCACCACCAGGAUUUCCUGGCAUUGAAUACAUGCUUCCUCUGUUACUUCAAGCAGUUAAGGAUGGAAAACUUACUGAGAAACAGUUAAUUGAUCGUCUUUAUACAAAUCCACGUCGUAUAUUUGGACUGCCUGAACAACCUAAUACUUACAUUGAAGUUGAUAAGAGUGAAAUAUGGAGGAUACCUAAGGAAGGAGGCUUUUCAAAAGCUGGUUGGACCCCAUUCGCGGGUAGAGAAGUUUGUGGUCGUGUUAAAACUGUGGUUAUACGUGGUGUUACUGUUUAUGUUGAUGGACAAUUCCUCGUUUCUCCAGGAUUCGGUACAAAUGUUCGUCUUGCUUCUAAUGAUAAUGAAGAUGGAUCAGUUUUACCAACAUCUGGUUUAAUAACAAUCUUAUUUUUUUAA